AUGGUUGAACCUUGGUGUGAGCCGUCAACUCAGGCUUCGUUCCGUUUUGAAGCAGCAGACCUUCCAACAAAAAAUGUGGUGGUCUACUCGGACAGAGCUGAAGUGAAACGAGUUGUGGCAGCGUCUUUGGCGAAAGGAAUCAACGAAAUUAUCAUCCAGAACGUGUCCGCCGUCAUUGAACGUCAAUCUGUACGAGUUGAUGGACAAGGUGUUCUCAUUCAGGAAGUUCAAUAUCAGGAAAUGCCGAUAGAUACAGAACAGGAGAAUGAGAAGAUUCGGGCGUUGGAACGGGAGAAGGUGAAGGUGGAAAACGAACGGUUUGCAGUCGAAGAUGAAAUGAGCUCCUUGCGGAAGCGCCUUGAAGUUCUCGAUGGUGUUGCUGGUCAGGUAGCUGCCGGUCCUCCGUCAACAUCUUUCUCUGCCACGGAACCUUUACCGAAGAUGUUGAGGAGGCAUACUGUGAUUGGUUCAACAUCACUUCAAGGAGCGGACCAGGACACACAUUCCAUCGGCUUCCUUAUUAACGAUGACGCACUAAGGAACCUCGCAAAAUUCCUUUCUUAUUAUGGAGAGACGGUAUCGGAGAUGAAAACGACCUUGAGGAUUCGACAGCGAGAGUGGGACCAGUGUGCAGAAAAAAUUGAAGCACUUGAAAGACAAAUCGAUCAACUUCGAUGUGGCUAUGAAUACGACUCAGUGAGAAGGUACAAUUACUGCUAUAUACAGUGCAAAGAUCCGGUGAACAUUGUUUAUUCUCUUGGGGAAAAUAGAAGAGUAUCUUUAUUAGAUGAAAAUGCUAUCAUUUUGGAGGUAUUCUCAAUGACAUAUUGA